AUGAAGUUCAUCACACUCCUCGCCGGCCUCCUGGCCGCUGUGACCCAGAUCCAGGCCGCAUCCGUUAUUGCCCACUUCAUGCUUAUUAACACCAAGAACUACACCAUGAGCGACUUCGAGGACGACUUCAAGCUCGCCAAAGAUGCUCACAUCGACGCCUUCGCCCUCAACAUGGGCAUGACGGACCCUCACACCCCGGAGGCCCUCGAAGUAGCCUUCACCGCCGCCAAGAAAGUCGGCUUCCAUCUCCUAUUCUCCUUCGACUACAAGGGCGGCGAGCACGGAGGCGCGGCCUGGCCCAAGGAGACCAUCCUCGACAUGGCGGAUAAGUACUUCAAGCGCGAGGAAUACCUCAAGUACGGCGGCAAGCCCGUCGCGUCGACCUUCGAAGGCACUGAAAACGCCGAGGAUUGGAUCGAGCUUAAGCAAAAGACGAACGCGUUCUUCAUCCCCGACUGGUCCUCCGUCGCCCCUGAAGAAGCCCUCACUCUCGCCGGAGGCGUCGCCGACGGCUUGUUCAGCUGGAACGCCUGGCCUGUCGGAGACCAGAACAUGAAUACCAAGAGCGAUGCUGCCUACAAGUGGGCGUUGAAGGGCAAGCCUUACAUGAUGCCCGUCUCGCCGUGGUUCUACACCAACCUCCCUGGGUACAAGAAGAACUGGGUUUGGCGUGGUGACGAUCUCUGGUACGAUCGCUGGGCUCAGGUGUUGGAUAUCAAGCCAGAGUUCGUCCAGAUCAUCUCUUGGAACGACUACGGCGAGUCGCACCACAUCGGCCCCGUCCGUUCCAACGCCCUCGAAGCGUUCCAGGUCGGAGAGGCGCCCUUCAACUAUGCCCUGGACCACCCCCACGAUGGCUGGCGUCACUUCCUGCCAUACCUCAUCGACACAUACAAGGGCGCCAUCGCAGCAGACAUCAAACAGGAGGGUCUGAUGGCAUGGUACCGUGGCUCACCCGCCCUCGCUUGCGCCGACGGAGGGACCGUUGGCAACUCCGAGAGCCAGUCGCAGCGCACCUUUGCCGUCUCCCACGUCGUCCAGGAUAAAAUCUUCUUCUCCGCCCUCCUCACAUCCUGGGCGGACGUAACCGUCACCGUCAACGGAAAGACCCAAAAGGCCAACUGGACAUCCACGCCCGACGACUACAAGGGCGUCUUCCACGGCAGCGUACCCUUCGUUGGGGGAGGCGACGUCGAGAUCAUCAUGUACAAGUACAGUACCGAGAUCGCCAGGAUCCAGGGCAAGAAGAUCCUGACGGACUGCGUCAACGGCCUGACAAAUUGGAACGCCUGGGUUGGGAGCACCAACGCUCUCCACGUCGACGACCCUAACCCCACGCCGACUCAGACUGGCGAUGGACCCAGAAGCACUGCCAGCGAUAACGACGGCGGCGGCGAUGAAUCUGCCGCCACGUCUUUGAGUCUCAGCCGCGGGGUGGUCUGUUCGAUUGCUGCUCUUGUUAGCAUGGCCAUCGCCGGUGCGAUAUGA